AUGGCGCCAUUACAGGCAAGCAAUACGAUAAAUUUGAUCUACAUAAGUGGCGUAUUACUCGUCUUUUAUAUUAUAGGAGCGUCAUUUUACAAUGUUUUCCUACACCCUCUCAGAUCAUACCCAGGGCCGUUGCUCUGGAAGAUGUCUCGUUUCGCAAGACCUCUUCGAUUAGUACGCGGGGAUUUACCUCUGUACAUGAGAAAGCUACACGAUAAAUACGGACCAGUUGUACGGAUAGGACCGAACGAACUAGCGUUUAGCGACCCCCAGGCAUGGAAGGAUAUCUACGGGCAUCGCCAUAACGGUGAACAGGAGCUACCGAAGUACGAUGGCUUCUACCGUGCCGUCGAUAACAUACCCAGAGGUAUCAUCAAUGCUUUCCGAGAAGAGCAUGGUUUUCUAAGGCGUCAGCUAUCGCAUGGAUUCUCCGACAGAUCGAUGCAGCUUCAGGAACCGAUUAUUGGGUCGUACGUGGAUUUGUUGGUUCGUCGUAUGCAAGAGCAAUGCAAGGAUGCAGCGACUGCUCUCAACAUGCGCGAAUGGUUGAAUUGGACGACCUUCGACAUCAUCGGGGACUUAGGCUUCGGUUCGUCGUUCGGCUGCCUCGAAGACACCGAAUACCAUCCAUGGGUUAAAACUGUCACCAACUCAGUGCAGCAGACAUCUUUCCUCAAUGCCUUGUCUACAAUAGGCCUCAAACCUCUUGUGCGAAUUUCCUUACGAGUUCUCAAGAUGGCGGUCACAGACCAGCAACGGAGGGUCCGGGCUAAGCUACAGCAGAGGAUAGAAUCUGGUGUCGAAAGGCCGGAUUUCAUUGAGGGUCUGAUUAAACAGAAGGAGGCAGGCCAGUUGAGUUUCAUGCAGAUCGCCACAAACGCUAGCACCCUCAUUGUUGCCGGAAGCGAAACGACUGCUACACUUCUGAGCGGUGCUAUGUACUUACUUACGUCUCAUCCGGAUAAGCUCCAAAAGCUCGCCGAGGAAGUCCGCUCAUCUUUCAAGAAUGACGACGAGAUUACCCUUACUUCCGUCGGCAAACUUUCGUAUAUGCUCGCCUGCCUUAACGAGUCAUUCCGUCGCUAUCCCCCUGUUCCGACCGGUAUGCCACGACAGUCACCUAAGGGUGGCGCCUUUAUCUUGGGAAAAUUCGUUCCCGAAGGCACCGUGGUAGCAGUCUGGCAAUAUGCUGUUAACCACGACCCGAACUUCUGGACUGAGCCCUACACUUUUGCGCCGGAGCGAUUCCUUGGUGACGCCAAGUACAAGGACGACAAGCUCGAUGCGAUGCAGCCCUUCGGCGUUGGGCCGCGAAACUGCAUUGGUCGCAAUCUCGCGUACGCUGAGAUGCGUCUUAUCCUAGCUAGGAUCAUAUAUAACUUCGACCUGGAACUCGACGAGAGUAGUCGUGGAUGGCUUGAAAACCAAAAGGUGUAUAACUUGUGGGACAAGCCUGGUCUAAACAUCAAGGUAACGCCUGUCGUGAGGUGAGAUCGAAUAGGCUUUUAACUCACCCGAACCAUGGUUCGGAUUUCUUUGGGGAUAAGCAUAAACGGCUUUGCUUAUCCUGCGAUCGUCGUGUAAAUGCGUAGAUGAUUGCGUGGCCUUUAGUGGCUAUGGCUGCGAGCAAAUGCAUAGGGAAUCAUCGGAAUUUGGGCACAUAUCAUUGGGGAGUUACGGGGCAAGGUUGAAAAUUGACGAGCGAUUCUGUACUUACUCCCUUCAUAGCGGUUUAAUGCCAGAUGGUACAUACCAGUACUCAAUUCUUCUCAGUAACAGAUUACCCAAGUAUUUACUGAUUGUAUUAUAUCUUAUUUUCUGUUACUCGCGUUUUAUCAACCAUAAUAACAAU